CAGGUGGAGGUGAGAGAUUACCACGAACCUGCCGAUCUAAGAGCUGCACCAACCUCCUGAGCGAGAGAAGUUCAGGAUGUCCAUAGGACUCGAGUUGAUCGGUAUCUCCUUGUGCAUUCUGGGAUGGAUUAUCGCCAUCGUGGCGUGCGCCCUCCCCAUGUGGAGGGUGACGGCCUUUAUCGGCAACAACAUCGUCACGGCUCAGAUCAUCUGGGAGGGCAUGUGGAUGAGCUGCGUGGUCCAGAGCACGGGGCAGAUGCAGUGUAAGGUCUACGACUCCAUGCUGGCGCUGUCCCAGGACCUGCAGGCCGCUCGCGCCCUGACCGUCAUCUCCAUCCUGCUGGCCAUCCUGGCCGUGCUGGUGGCCAUCGCCGGGGCCAAGUGCACCAACUGCAUUGAGGACGAGGCGUCCAAAGCCAAGGUGAUGAUCAUCUCUGGGGUCUUCUUCAUCAUAUCGGGCGUCAUGCAGCUCAUCCCCGUCUCCUGGUCGGCCCACACCAUCAUCAGAGACUUCUACAACCCUCUGAUCCCCGACGCCCAGCGCCGGGAGCUGGGCGCCGCCCUCUACAUCGGCUGGGCGGCGGCUGCGCUCUUAGUUCUCGGCGGAGGACUUCUCUGCUGCUCCUGUCCGCCGCAGGAGUCCAGGUACAACCCGUCCCGGAUGGCCUACUCCGCCCAGAGGUCUGUGGGGGGCCCGGGACUGGAGAGGAAGGACUACGUCUAAGUGAAGGUCAGAGGGGCAAAGACUGCACGGAAUCUCACUCGGACUCCCCUCUCGGACUCCCCUCUCGGACUCCCCACACGGACUCCCGAGGGAUGAAGGCUUCUGUCCUUCAGAGCCAGAACUUUUAUACCAAAUAGCUUCGUAUUGUUUACGACUGAUUUUUGUUAGGAUAGAAGAACCGUCGACAAUCAUCUGCUGCGGCCAAGAGAGACGGUCCAAAUGUAUUUAAGGCAGCCCUCCCUGUGUUGUUGUUGUUGUUGUUUUUUAAUAAAACAUUUUGUAACUUA